GCCAGGCUGAUCUGGAACUCCUGACCUUGUGAUCCACCCACUUCGGCUUCCCAAAGUUCUGGGAUUACAGGCAUGAGCCACCGCGCCCGGCUGACAAGUGUCCUAAGAAACACAUAGAGAAGACACAGAAGAGGAGAGCACCAUGUGAUGGUAGACACAGAGAUUGGAGUUCUGCAGCUACAAGCCGAGGAACUCCUGGAGUCACCAGGAGCUGGAAGAUGCAAAGAACUGAUUUUCUCUCAGAGCCUCUGGAAGGAGCGUGGCCCUGGUGACACCUUGAUUUUGGACUUCUGUCCUACAGAACUAUGCGAGAAUAAAUUUCUGUCGUUCUAAGUAGUAAGUCUGUGGUAAUUUGCUAUUUCAGCCGUAGGACACUAAUACACCAAUCCCUUCUUCCCACCCACUGAUCCUUCUUCAGAGAUGAGUUCAUGAGUAACCAGAAGUCAAAGGGUAGGUGACAGAGUGCAGUGGUACAAUCACGACUCACUGCAGCGUCGAUGCUCACCAACUUGGUUUCUUUUUUCCUAGGCACACAGGAGGACUUCAUUUCCCAGGUCUCCUUGCAGUGAAGUUGAGGUCAUGUGACUGGUCUUGGGCCAAUGGAAUGGGUGCAGAAGGGACAUAGCUCAUUUCCAGACUCAGUCUAGAAUGUCCUCCAUAAUCCUUACUCUUUCUCCCUUCACUCACUGGCUGCAGGAAGCUGAGAAUUAUCCUUGGACUUACAUAAAGCAUUUUGGACUUUAUCACACUCCGUGCCCGUUUUCUUGUAUUUGAAGAGCCAACAGAAGUUCAGAGUGGCAGGAACUUGGAGACCAAGGAGAAUAGCCCCAGAUGCGAGGUCUGUUCAGGAAGAUGAACCCUCCCUUGCAGAAGCUGGAGCUGCCCCAGGGAGUCUGUCUGGGAUGAAGACAGAGGCCCAGCCUUCGACAUCCUCGCUGGCAAACACCUCAUGGACUGGCACAGUGAUUUCUGACACUGUCCCAGGAAGUCAAACAUGGGAAGACAAGGGUCCAUUGACCUGGUCUGCAGCAUCUGGGACCUCAGAGGCCCAAGUUUCAGCAGCCCGGGUUGCAGAGGCUAAGACCUGGGAGGCUCAUGUUUUUGAGGCUCAGGCCAGGACCAGUCAGCCAAAGCAAAUUUCUGUAUUGGAGGCGGCAACUGCCUCAAUCCUGAAACAGAAAUCCACGUACGAGAAGGUGCAGAUAACAGAGAAGAAAGAGAGUGAGGUCCUCCUUGCCCGUCCAUUCUGGUCCAGCAAAGCUGAGUACAUUCUGGCUCAGGUGGGCUUCUCUAUGAAGCCAUCUUGUCUCUGGCACUUUGCCCACCUGUGGCUUAACAGUGGAGGCUGCAGUUUCGCCGCCAUCUACAUCUUCAUGCUGUUCAUGGUCGGGAUUCCUCUUGUCUUCCUGGAGAUGGCAGCCGGUCAGAGCAUGCGUCAGGGUGGCACGGGUGUAUGGAAGAUCAUUGCCCCCUGGAUUGGUGGUGUGGGGUAUUCUAGCUUCAUGGUGUGUUUCAUCCUCGGCCUGUACUUCAAUGUGGUCAAUUCCUGGAUCAUCUUUUACAUGAGCCAGUCCUUCCAGUUUCCCGUUCCAUGGGAGAAAUGUCCCUUAACGAUGAACUCCAGUGGCUUUGAUCCUGAAUGUGAACAGACAGCACCCUCCAUAUACUUCUGGUACCGGCAGACCUUGAAGGCCUCAGACAGAAUCGAGGAUGGCGGGUCACCAGUCUACAGUCUGGUCCUGCCCUUCUGUGUUUGCUGGUGUCUUGUUGGUGCUUUCAUGAUCAAUGGGCUUAAGUCCACGGGGAAGGUGAUCUGUGUCUUGGUACUGCUGCCUCAUUUCAUCAUCAUUGGUUUCUUCGUCCGGAGUCUACUGCUGGAAGGGGCAAAAUUUGGCCUUCGACAGUUGGUAGUUGCCAAGAUAUCGGAUGUGUACAAUGUGAGUGUGUGGUCUGCAGCAGGAGGUCAAGUUUUGUUUAACACAGGCAUAGGCCUUGGCUCUGUUGCCUCCUUAGCCUCCUACAUGCCCCAGUCCAACAACUGUCUCAGUGAUGCCUUUCUCGUGUCUGUGAUAAACCUGCUCACUUUGUUGAUUGUCACAUCUUUCAACUUCUCUGUCCUGGGCUUCUGGGCGACAGUCAUCACACAUCGCUGCUGUGAGAGGAAUGCUGAAAUACUUUUAAAGCUGAUAAACCUAGGGAAACUGCCUCCUGACGCCAAGCCCCCUCUCGACCUGCUUGACAACCCGACCUCCAUCUACAACACCUGGUUCAAUGGCCUUCCCCAGCACAUCAAAAGCAUGGUUCUCCACGAGGUGACUGAAUGCAACAUAGAGACUCAGUUUCUUAAGGCUAGCGAGGGCCCAAAGUUUGUAUUCCUGUCCUUUGUUGAAGCCAUGUCCUUCCUUCCUCUGUCUGUCUUCUGGUCUUUUAUCUUCUUCCUGAUGUUGCUGACCAUGGGGCUGAGCAGCGCAAUAGGGAUUCUGCAGGGCAUCGUUACUCCACUCCAGGACAACUUCUCUUUCUUCAGGAAACAUACAAAGCUGCUCAUAGUGGGACUCUUUCUGCUCAUGUUCGCGUGUGGCCUCUUCUUCACUCAACCUUCAGGCAGCCACUUCAUCAAACUGCUGAGUAACCACUGGAUAGUCUUGCCCAUCAUCGUCAUUGCCAUAUUUGAAACCAUGGCUGUAUCCUGGGCCUAUGGGGCCAGGAGGUUCCUUGCAGACCUGACGAUCCUGUCGGGCCACCCCAUCUCUCCCAUCUAUGGUUGGCUGUGGCCUUGUGUGUGUCCAGUUGUGCUGCUUAUCCUGUUUGUGACUGUGAUGGUUCGUCUUUGUAUGAAGCCGAUCACCUACAUGUCCUGGGACUCAAGCACUUCAAAAGAGGUGCUUCGACCAUACCCACCAUGGGCGCUGCUCUUGAUGAUCACCCUUUUUGCCAUUGUCAUCCUCCCCAUCCCUGCAUACUUUGUAUACUGCCUCAUACAUAGGAUUCCCUUCAGGCCCAAGAGCAGAGACAGGCCUAUUACAGCCUCCACAUCCCUACCCCUAAGUCACCAGCUAACACCCAGUAAAGAGGUUCAAAAGGAAGAAAUUCUACAAGGUGAUGAAACAAAGUACCCAUCAACCUCUCAUGUGACUUCUUAACUUCAUUCAUUUGGCUUCACAUCACAUAUCCCUUAGAACAGAUCCAAUGGGCAACUCUUAAUAUCAGCUUGCAACUGUCGAUGUCCCUGGAUCCAGAACCACUUUUAUUUCCAAGAGGAGGGCGUUCUUUGGAGGGGGUUCAUAGGGCCUGGCCUUGCAAUCCCCUCCUUGGUCCCAUCUUAUCUGGUGACCACCAUCAUUGUUUUCCCCAUCAUCUUCCUCAACACACAUACAUGUACAACUUAUAUACAAUACUAGUGAUGUCUACCAGUCCUGCUACUUCUGGGGUGCCUGUCUCCUGGAAUGGAGCUGGAGGAGUAAUGCUGUUAGUCAAUAAAUCAGUCUACAUUAACUCCAGGAUGUAAGCAGAUCUUUUUUUUCUAUAGAUGUCUGAGAUGUUCAGUUUUCCUGUCACAAGGCUUCCAAUCUGUAUUAGUUCAUUUUCACACUGCUAAUAAAGACAUACCUG